CUCCCCACCACAUUGAGAUCCACUCACUCACCAAAAUAUCAUUUCACUCGUACUUGCGAGAGCAAAUCGACAUCAGUUCCACUUGGAAACAUGGGAGUAGAUCUUCCGCGCAACUAGCAUAAUCGGUCAGUUCUCCUAACGGCACGCUCCCAAGCCCUAAGCUCACCACCCAACAGAUCACUCAACACUAGCUCGACCACCAACGAGAGCAAGAUCGAUAUCAGAAGAACAACACCAUGACACCCCUCAAACAAGCCCUAACUCUCCACCUGCUCACCGAGGUGCCAGCAUCCCUAAGUUUCCUCCUGGCACCACACGCCCAGCUCCUUGGCGCCUCCCCAGAAGCGACCCUCAUCCUGCGCAACCUCGGCGGCCUGCUCAUGGCGACCAAUCUCGUCUGUCUCGCCGUGCUUCUCGCCAAGCCGCCCUCAGACGACCGACUCACGGCGCGGCUGUGUCUGUGUCUCGGGACGUACCACGUUUGGCCCAUUGCGCGGGCGUGGGUAAGGAUGCGGUUGCGUCGUGGCGCGCAUGAGGGUAGUGGUAGUGGUAGUGGUGGUGGUGGAGUAAGGGAAGAGAAAAAGGUGCUGGGUGGGCCGGUGGUGCAUUUUGUCGUGCAUGUGAUUUGUUUGCUUGCCAUGGUAGGGAGUGGAGGGAUGGUGUUGUUGAGAGAGUAAAAGUGGCUGGAGGGUAUUUUGCAUUGUAUAUCCAACCC